UUCCCCCUGAAAUUCCCGUUUUUCCCCGCGGAACGUUCCAGAAGCACAUGGAGAGCUACGUGUCCGACUGCUACGACGCCAUCGCCGUUUUCCUCUGCAUCCACCUGGCGCUGAGGUUCCGAUCCCUCAUGGCCAAGAGGAACGUCCCGGCCGUGGACGGGUACUGGGGGUGGCUGCUGGAGCUGCUGUGGCCGCGCUUUGAGCUGAUCCUGGAGCUUCACAUCCAGAGCGUGCAGGGAACCGACCCCCAGCGCCUCGGGGGGCUGGACACGCGCCCGCACUACAUCACGCGGCGUUACGCCGAGUUCUCCUCGGCCAUCGUCAGCAUCAACCAAACCCUGCCCAGCGAGAGGAGCGACGCCCUCCUGGCACGGCUGCAGGUCUGGGAUGGACUGGGAUAA